GUUCGUGUGUUGACUUGACAGCUCCUUCGAUUCGGACGAUUUUGUUGCGUCGGUGAUGCUUGGUUGUUAAAAAGUCAAUUUUAGCUUAUCAAAGUGCUAUUUUCUAAACAGUUAAUAGUGUUUCGCAACCAGGAUGUCUCUUAAAACGUAUGGCGAUAAGCCGGUAAGCUUCCAAAUCGAAGAAAAUGGUGAAUAUUUUUGCAUUGGUUCGGAGGUGGGUAACUAUCUCCGACUGUUUCGUGGUUUAUUGUAUAAAAAAUACCCGGGCAUGCUCCGGCGCACGUUGAGCCCUGAGGAACGAAAAAAAUUACUUGACUCCGGAAUAAGCAAUCAGUUUCUUGCCAGUUCAGUUUCGCUGUUAAGAGCAUCCGAAGUGCAGGAGAUUCUUGAGGGGAACGAUGAGAAGUACAAAGCAGUUUCGAUUACCACAACGGAGCUGCCCGCUCCCAGGGAGAGUAAAUCAAGCAAAAAACAACCACCAUGGGUACCAACGAUGCCAAAUUCCAGUCAUUUGGAUGCGGUACCGCAAGCGACUCCGAUUAAUCGGAACAGAGUACAUAACAAGAAAGUACGCACAUUUCCCAUGUGCUUUGAUGACACGGAUCCUACAAUGAACAUCGAGAAUGCUUCCCAAACGGAAAUGUUGGUUCCGGUACGGUUGGAUAUGGAAAUUGAAGGUCAGAAAUUACGCGAUACAUUCACCUGGAAUCGAAAUGAAUCGAUGAUCACACCAGAACAAUUCGCAGAGGUAUUGUGUGAUGACUUGGACUUGAAUACUACGCCGUUUGUUCCGGCUAUUGCCGCUGCCAUUAGACAGCAAAUUGAGGCAUACCCAAGCGAACCAGUUGUGCUGGAAGAAGGCUCCGACCAACGUGUGUUAGUAAAGCUUAACAUUCACGUUGGUAACACGUCCCUGGUGGAUCAGGUUGAGUGGGACAUGGCGGAAAAAGAAAACAAUCCCGAAGAUUUUGCCGUAAAACUGUGCGCCGAAUUGGGUCUGGGUGGAGAGUUUGUGACUGCAAUUUCCUAUUCGAUUCGCGGCCAACUGUCGUGGCAUCAGCGGACUUAUGCGUACAGUGAGGCCCCGCUAGCCACUGUCGAAGUUCCGUUCAGAGCACCGAGUGAUGCUGAUCAAUGGGCACCGUUUCUGGAGACACUCACCGAUGCGGAAAUGGAGAAGAAAAUUCGCGACCAAGAUCGUAACACACGACGAAUGCGUCGGUUGGCCAACACCUAUACGUAAGUUGCUCCUGACAAAAAAAAUAUUUCUCAUACCAUUCAAACAUUAGUUUUUAAGUUUACGAAUAUAAGACAGUAUGUUUAUCCAAAUAACGAAUUAAAAUAUAUCUCUU